UGCAGACGUGUCAGUCGAACGGGUGUGUGCCGUCGUCGCGAUCAUAACAAUAAUAAUAACAGUACAAGUUUUCGCGGAUUUAUCUGUGGCGCGCGUGUGCUGCACGGGCGAAAUAAUAAACGUCGAAACGUUGACGUCCGAUAGUCGAUAAUUAUCGAUAAAAAUCGUGUCGGAAAUGGACCGCGUGGUCGGUCGUUUGUUGCCGAUCGCGGUCGUCGUCGUCCUGACGUUCACCGGCCGACGGUGCGCCGCCGGCGAUACGACUAUCACUCUGGGAAUUUUAUACAACGACGAAAACACAAUGUUGGAAACGGCUUUCAAGUCGUCCGUGGAUGUGGCGAAGGCGAAAAUAGCAGCGGGUGGCGUGAAAUUGGACGUGGUCAGUAAAAUCGUUCCUCUGUACGAUUCGUUCGAGACACAACACUUCGUGUGCGAGAUGUUGACAAACGGCGUGUCCGGUGUGUUUGGGCCGUCGGCCGGUGACACGGCGCCCAUCGUGCAAUCCAUUUGCGACUACAAGGAAAUACCGCACAUACAGACGCGAUGGGACAUCAACCAGAAACGAGGGUCGUGCCAGAUCAACUUGUACCCGCACCCGAGCACGUUGGCAGAGGCGUUCAUCGAUUUGAUCACCGCUCUUAACUGGCAGAGUUUUACGAUUAUCUACGAGAACAACGACAGUCUCAUGCAGAUCACCAACAUCCUCAAGUCACCUCCGACCACUCAUCCUAUUCGUAUCAGGCAACUCAGUCCGGGGCCGAAUUACAGAAAAGAACUUCGAGAGAUAAAGGACUCCGGUGAGACAAAAAUUCUGUUGGAUUGCUCGUUCAACAUCCUUUCGGAUGUGCUAUUUCAAGCGCAACAGGUGGGUCUCAUGGGAUCGGAACACAAUUUCAUCAUCGCAUCCCUGGACAUGCACACUUUGGACUUGGACUCGUUCAAAUACAGCGGGACGAACAUUACCGGGAUGCGCUUGGUCAGGCCGCUGGACAACGAGUUUAGAAACAUCGUUUCCCAGUGGACGGACAAUAUGAGUCCACUCGAACCGGACGAUAAAGUUGUGAUACCCGAGACGAUUCAGCUGGAGUCCGCUUUAAUUUACGAUGCCGUCCAGUUGUUCACGACGACUAUUUAUAACUUGAGCAAAGAGUUCGAAAUCAGUGAGAUGCCCACUCCGUGCAACUCUAGCCUUUCGUGGAAACACGGAUUUACCCUAAUCAACCACAUGAAAAUGGCUAAAGACUUCAAAGGGCUUACCGGAAAAAUUAAGUUCGAUCAAGAAGGGUUUCGAACGGACAUCGAGUUGGAGCUGGUGGAUUUGACGCAGAACGGUUUGAGAGUGACAGGAACGUGGAAUGCUAAAACCGGCAUCAACGUUUCGACGGGUAUCGUUUCAGAAACCACAACAGUUGGACAGGAAUUUGACUUGAGGAACAUGUCCUUCAUCGUUAUCACCGCGUUGACGCAACCAUACGGUAUGGUGAAACUUUCCAGCAACACGUUGGAGGGGAACGACCGUUACGAGGGUUUCGGCAUAGAUCUGAUCAAGGAGCUCAGCGAAAUGAGUGGUUUCAAUUACACGUUCAUCAUACAAGAAGAUUCCAACAGCGGGUACAAAGACGAAAAAACUAAAAAGUGGAGCGGAAUGAUCGGAGAAGUCAUAGAUGGAGUAAUUAUUGAUCAUAGAGCUGAUCUCGCGGUAGCCGAUAUUACCAUAACAAGGCAAAGAGAACACGAUGUGGAUUUCACUAGCCCGUUCAUGAAUUUAGGUAUCAGCAUAUUGUACAAGAAGUCGACGAAGAGUUCACCCAGUCUGUUCUCGUUCUUGGCGCCGUUCAGCUCUUUCGUAUGGCUCUGGGUGAUCACAGCAUACUGUGGCGUUUCCGUUCUGCUGUUCAUCAUGGCCAGGAUCAGCCCGUACGAAUGGACCAAUCCUUAUCCGUGCAUAGAGGAACCGGAGUACUUGGAGAACCAGUUCAGUCUGUCGAACGCGUUUUGGUUCACGAUCGGGUCGCUUAUGCAGCAAGGUUCAGACAUCGCUCCGAUUGCCGUGUCGACUAGGCUGGUCGCUGGUAUUUGGUGGUUUUUCACGCUCAUCAUGGUCUCGUCUUACACUGCGAACUUGGCUGCGUUCUUGACUGUCGAGAGUGUAACAGAACCGUUCAAAAACGUAGAGGACUUGGUAAACAAUCAAAACGUCAUCAAAUACGGUCUGAAGCAAAAAGGAUCUACCGAAGAAUAUUUCAAAGAAUCCACCAAUCCGACUUACAAGAAAAUCUACAACACCGUGCAAAAUAAUCCGCCCUUGUACAUGGCCAAUAACGAAAUGGGCGUUGAUACAGUGCUGAGAGAAGACUACGCGUUUUUCAUGGAAUCCACGUCCAUCGAGUACGUAGUCGAACGAAACUGCAGAUUGGCCCAAGUCGGUGGUCUGUUGGACAACAAAGGCUACGGGAUUGUAAUGAAAAAAAAUGCGAGUUUUCGAAAUGUUUUGAGCGCAAACAUAUUGAGGUUACAAGAAAAGGGCAGGUUGACGGCCCUGAAGAACAAAUGGUGGAAAGAGAAGCGCGGCGGCGGAGCGUGUCAGGACACCGAGAACACCGAGGCUAGCGAGUUGAGCAUGAAGAACGUGGGCGGCGUGUUCAUCGUUCUGUGCAGCGGCGUCGGGGUGGCCGCUAUCCUAGCAGCCCUGGAAAUGUUCUGGACGCUGUGGAAGACGACGAGCAAAGAAAAGGUGUCGUUCAAGAGCGAGUUUAAAGACGAACUCAAGUUCAUAGCCAAGUGUCGCGGGUCCACUAAACCGGCUCGAAAGAAACAGAACAGCAGCGCGGACAACUCGAAAGCGACCGGUUCCAAUCAGUACAUUAACAAUUCGGACAGGCACUACGGUUACGAGUCGUAGUACGAAAUAAAAAUUAGUACGUGAAAUGUGUUUUAUAUAGUAUACAUAAAUAAUUAUCUACAUAUAUGUAUGAAUUAUAAUAUUAUAUGCAUAUGAUAUACACAGAAUCUUAAAAUAAUGAAGACAAUUAUUUGCGUAAAAAAAAAAAAAAUAGUAAUAAUAAUAAUUAAAUUAAAAAAAUUAUCACAGUCAUUUUGU